AUGGACGUAGAUCUGCAGCUGCAGCCCACGUUUGCCAACAUGGACGCACGCCUCCUCUUGUCGUGCAUCGAAUCAGCCGCCGCUGCAGAUCCAUAUCCAUCCCUUCGUGAAGAACCACCCACGCACAGAUCUCAAGCGCACCACUUACCAUCCGAAGAACCACUAUCUGAGGAAAUCCCUCCACCAACCACAGUCCACCGCCUACUACAAUCUAUCGAAGCUUGCCACGCAUAUGCGACAUGCAACUUCGAACCCUUGGAUACGCUCGCCAUGGACCAGGAGGCGCAGCACAAUAGUCUUGCCGUGGAGCAACGUUGUGCCUUACACCUCGCGUAG